GCGGGGUAGCGCGAGCGGGCGCGAGUGGGCUGGCUGGCUGGCUGGGUGUGGCCUGGCUGCAGCCUCUUGUCUCCCGUCCAAAAGCUCAAGGCUUACCACCUCUCUCGACUUGACCUGCCUCUCCUCAGCCGACAUUCUUUUGCGGUCUCGCAACCUCCUUCCCACCACACCAGACAACAGCCAUACCCCAGGGCAAAGACGUCCUUCCCCUUCUCUGCGAGCAUCUCUUGUGCUUGUACCGCUUCUCCUCCUGCCCCCCCCCCUCCCCGACAAAUUCCGCCGCCUCGACCCGACUGUGCACACCCUCAACCUCUCACUGCCUAGCCGCCCAGCCGUCGCCAUGGCGAUAUCUAUCGAGGAGCUCGACGUGCUCGUCCGUAGCUUUUACGAGGGACGAGGUGAACAGCAAAAAGCCGCCCAGGCCGCUCUGAACCAGUUCAAGGAGGAUCCUGACGCAUGGCUCAUGGUGGACGACAUCCUGUCCAAGGCCACAUAUCCACAGACGAAGUACCUGGCGUUGCAGGUUCUCGACAAUGUCAUCUCGACGAGGUGGAGGGUCCUCCCGAGGGAGCAGUGCCAAGGCAUCCGCAACUUCAUCGUCUCCUUCAUCCUGCAGUGCUCCAGCACCGAGGAGUCCUUGCGAUCCCAACGAACCCUGCUCAACAAGCUCAAUCUCGUCCUCAUCUCUGUACUGAAGCAGGAGUGGCCUCACAACUGGCCGACCUUCAUCAACGAGAUCAUCCAAGCCUGUCAUUCGAGCCUAUCGGUCUGCGAGAACAACAUGAUCAUCCUUCGACUUCUUUCCGAGGAGGUCUUUGACUACUCCGCCGAGCAGAUGACUUCCACCAAGACCCGAAGUCUGAAGACGACCAUGUGCAACGAAUUCUCCCAAAUCUUCCAGCUUUGUCAGGAAAUCCUUAACACGGCAACCCAGUCAAGCCUGGUCCUGGCGACUCUGGAGACACUGCUUCGUUUCUGCAACUGGAUCCCUCUCGGCUACAUCUUUGAGACGCCAUUGAUCUCUCUGCUCCGGACACGUUUCCUGGAGGUGCCAGAGUUCCGCAACAUCACGCUCCAGUGCUUGACGGAGAUCGGUGGCCUGCAGACCGGCGGCCCGGCGGGCAACAACUAUGACGAGCAGCUCGUGAAGAUGUUUACCGAGGUCCUAACCACUAUAUCGACCAUUAUACCCAUCCAGAUGGACCUCAAGACCACAUACCCACAAAGCAACUCCCGAGAUCAACAAUUCGUGCAGAACUUGGCUCUUUUCCUGACCAAUUUCUUCUCCAUGCACUUGAACCUGAUUGAGAAUCUGCCAAAUCGCGAUUAUCUCUCUCACGCUCACUACUAUCUCAUCCGUAUCUCCCAGAUCGAUGACCGGGAGAUCUUCAAGAUUUGCCUGGACUACUGGCUCAAAUUGGUCCAAGAGCUAUACGAGGAAAUGCAGUCCCUCCCCAUUGGCGAUAACCCACUGGUUGCCAUGGGGGCUAUGUCAGGCGGUGCCCCUAACCCGGCGCUUCUGAACAACUACCCCUUGCGGAAGCACAAAUACCAAGAGGUUUUGUCCAACCUUCGAGUCGUCAUGAUCGAGAAGAUGGUGCGCCCUGAGGAGGUCUUGAUUGUCGAGAACGAUGAGGGCGAAAUAGUGCGAGAAUUCGUGAAGGAGAGCGACACAGUGCAGCUGUACAAGACCAUCCGCGAGUGUCUUGUCUACCUGACCCACCUGGACGUCGUUGAUACGGAGCAGAUCAUGACAGACAAGCUCGCAAAGCAGGUGGACGGCUCGGAAUGGUCCUGGCACAACUGCAACGUCCUGUGCUGGGCCAUCGGAUCGAUCUCCUUGGCCAUGAACGAAGAGACAGAAAAGCGCUUCCUGGUCACCGUGAUCAAAGACCUGCUUGGGCUCACCGAAAUGAAGCGCGGCAAGGACAACAAGGCCGUGGUCGCAUCCAACAUCAUGUACAUCGUCGGCCAAUAUCCCCGCUUUUUGAAGGCUCAUUGGAAAUUCCUUAAGACGGUCGUGAACAAGUUGUUCGAGUUCAUGCACGAGUCCCAUGAAGGUGUUCAGGAUAUGGCGUGCGAUACGUUCAUCAAGAUUGCAAAGUCUUGCAAGCGUCACUUCGUCGCCCUACAGCCUAGUGAGCAUGAACCCUUUAUUGAGGAGAUCGUGAGAAAUCUACCAAAGAUCACGGGCGACCUCACCCCUCAGCAAGUCCACACCUUCUACGAGGCCUGCGGCUACAUGGUGGCGGCCCAGGGCAACCGUAACCAGCAGGAGCGACUCCUGGCGGAGCUUAUGCAGCACCCUAACGCCGCUUGGGACGAGAUCAUCAAGCAGGCGACGGUUAACCCGGCGAUCCUCCAAGACGCCGAAACAAUCAAGAUCAUUGGGAACAUCAUGAAGACGAAUGUUUCAGCUUGUUCCUCGGUCGGGUCGUACUUCUUCCCCCAGAUUGGGCGCAUCUACCACGACAUGCUGCAGAUGUACCGGGCAACCAGUCAGCUGAUCUCUGAAGCCGUCGCAAAGGAAGGAGAGAUUGCCACCAAGAUGCCCAAGGUCAGGGGCUUGCGGACGAUCAAGAAGGAGAUCCUGAAGUUGAUCGAGACGUACGUGGACAAGGCCGAAGACCACGCCGCCGUGCGAACCCAGAUGGUUCCACCUCUGCUCGACUGCGUCCUAGUCGAUUACAACCGCAAUGUGCCUGGUGCCCGCGACGCGGAGGUUCUGAGGGCCAUGACUGCCGUCAUCUCGAAGUUGUCCUCUCUUAUGGAGGAUCAGGUACCGACAAUCAUGGAGAACGUGUUUGAAUGCACUCUGGACAUGAUCAACAAGGAUUUCUCCGAGUUCCCAGAGCAUCGUGUUGAGUUCUUCAACCUUCUGAGGGCAAUCAACCUGAACUGCUUCCCGGCGCUGCUCAAGUUGGAUAACCGACAGUUCAAGUUUGUUAUCGACUCGUGCAUGUGGGCUAGCAAGCAUGACAACCGCGAUGUCGAGGCGGCAGGCCUUAACAUGUGCCUCGAGCUGAUCAACAACAUCGCUGAGAAGACAGACGUGCAGACGUCCAACGCUUUCUUCAACCAGUUCUUCACACCGAUCCUGCAGGACGUCUUCUUCGUAGUCACGGACCAGGAUCACAAGGCCGGGUUCAAAACACAGUCCAUGCUCCUCAUGCGCAUGUUCUAUUUUGUGCAACCAGCUGAUGGAACUGCUUCAAAGAUCCAAGGCCCCAUCUAUCAGCCCGAUAUGGCCCAGGCGGGUACCUCGAACCGCGAGUUCCUUGGGAACUUCGUGGCAACCUUGUUGGCGAACGCGUUCAGCAACCUACAGCCGCCACAAAUCACUGCCUUUGUGGAGGGGCUGUUCGCGCUCAACACACAGUACGACAAGUUCCGUCUUCACCUGCGUGACUUCCUGAUUUCUAUGAAGGAGUACGCCGGGGACAAUGCCGAGUUGUACCAGGUGGAGAAGGAGAAAGAGGAUGCUGCCAAGCAGCAGGCAGACCUCGACCGGAGGUCGAAGGUUGGCGGUCUCAUGAAGCCGUCGGAGCUGGAAAAUGACGACGACGAGCUGUGACUCCGUCAGGAGUUCCGCAACGAAUUCGCACCGCUGAACGUCGGAGGCUCCGAAGAGCACAAUGGUCCAGAGCAUCCAUCAGGUGUUUUUGAUGGCUGGGAUGUAUACGGCCUGUGACUGCGGGAAGACACUGAGAUGGCGCGGCAAGCUGGGGUGAGGGAUGAGGGCGGAGAAAAUGGGAUGAGAGUGAUCCGCGACAGCGGACACAUCCGAGAACACACAUUCCCUAUCUCAUUUUGUAUGAUACCACAUAGAGGAAGAACCGGCAGGAGGCUGGUAAGGAUCGGGGGCAGCAAAGAGAUCAUUGAGAAGACACAGCCUUCUCGGCUGACUUGCCUAGAAACAACAGAUGGGGGAGAACAACAACCUUGAGCAAGAGAACAAGCAGGUGGAGCCUCCUCCUGGGCAGGAAAUUGUGGAUGAAAUGUGGUUGGCCGGGAGGAGUCGGUUCAGCUUGUCCGUUGACGGCCGCCGUGUCAGACACUGAGGGCUCCUGGUCGAUGGAUCAUGGGUUUAUUCGGCUCAGCUAGCUAAUUCAGAGUAGACAGUUACCAGACGCCCGCCCAUCAGGAGUGUGUAUCGCCAGAGGCGACCAACCCGUGUUUUCUGCCACUGCUAGCCACUAUGGUGUGGAUUGCAUCGCCCAUCCCGGGCUGUCGGGUCAUCGAAGGUAAAGAACACUUCUAGCCUUUGCCCAUCUGACCGCGACAGUAGCCACACUGCCUGCCGUUCUCUUCACAUGGCUUCUUGCUUGUCGGGUGGCCACUUACCAGCAUCACCACAACUCAUCGCACCGUUCUGGCUGCCGCGACCAGCCCCCAUCCCCCCGGGCCUAGGCCGCAGCGGACCAAGCCAGACAAGCCCCCACAGGAUAGUUCCCAAAAGAACAAGAAACAACGACGAUGGGUUGGCAGGCUUUAGCAUCAUCACCAGCUGUGAGACAGGUGAAUCUCGGGGCAGCCGUUAGAAGCGAGGGCGCGAGAAGGACACUCUAUUUGUUCGAACGGAUUCGGAGCAUCACCUGACUUGCUUGUAACAGCCAACUUGGAACAGAGCCCAUUGAGCAAGAGGAGUGUCGGCGUGGAGUUCCGAGG